CGUGACAAAACGCGGAACUACAUGCCACUGCAUAACUGCCUAUGAUAACUGCUGCACAACCGAAAGGAUCUCUGUAAUUUAAGUCAUGUAAAGCGCCACGAUUCUCAACUGGCAAUGGACGAUAUCAUUUCAUUAAGUUCGGGUAGCGAUUCAGACUCCGACCUAGAGGUUGUGCGUUGUUAUAGUGAUGAUACUAGAGAAGAUGCCAGACCAUUUAUUAGGACCGACUGGGUUCCUGUGAAACCGGUUGUCAUUGACUUGUCAAAACUCAGAAGAAGAAGACGCCCCCGAAGGUGCCAACGUGGUUCCAUUGAAGUUGUAGACUUGAGUCUUGUAGAGGAAAAAGAAUCAGAAGCUGUUUGUGCUGCACUAUCAAUAUCAGAUAAAGAGGAGGAUUCCUUGCAUCAACAAGGCGAAUGUCAGAUUCUACCUUCUCUUGCAACUGAGAGGAGCCCAAGUUUAUUAGAAGAAAAUUCACAGGGGAUUGAGUCACCCCAGAAGUCUUGUUUACCUCCUGAUUGUGAAGCUCUGUCGGUAUCAGAGAAAGAGGGAAAUGGCCUUCAAUUAGAAGGUGAAUCUGAAGCUCCAUCGCCAGCAGCACUGAUUGUACACAAAAAUAUAUCUGUUAAAGAUCCAACCACAAUAGACUCAAUAGAGAAGACCUCUGUCCUCUUGGGAAAUGAGCUGCCUGCGUUAGAAAAGUGCAGUUCACAAAAAGACUCUCCAGAUAGCAUUCCCUCUCCUUUCAGCCUUGAUAGCAAUUAUCACUGUCCAUCUGAAAUUGAUCCGUUUUCAUUCUCAGAUGAGUCAAACAUGCCUGAGUUAAAAGAGACCACUUUUACCACAGAUUUAUUUGACCACCCGGCAGAAUCCUCUUGCAUGCCUUCCAAGUCCACCCUAACAGAAGCCCAAAGGAAGUCAUCCAUUGGUACAUUUUCAUCUGUAGCUGGUUUAGAAGCUGUUUGGGAAGAGAACCUAGUGCCCUCCUCCUCCUCUUCUGUAAGUCAGUCUAAUACAGGUAAUCUCACAGCAUUACCUGCCUCAGAUACUGUGUCCCCGUGGACAGAAACCCAGAUCAAUUGUACCCCAAAUUCUCCAGGAAGACCUGGUUCUGAUGUCAGCAAGACCAUUCAGACUGCUAUGAGGGCAACCCACCUACAUAGUGCUCUGUGUCCUCAAAUUUGUCUGUCAAACCCUUUAUCUGAAAGGGGCUGUCAAGAACAGGAGGGGAUAAGACUCCAUAAUGGUCUUGGUCAAGUUGAAAACAUACAGGAGGAUUCUGUCAGUCACAUGAUGUCUGAUUUUGGUCCUGGGAUGUCUGGACAAGAGCUACAGCACAAGCAAUACAUUUCUCAUAUUCAGCUAAAGAAAUUAAAAAAACAGAUGGGGGCAGUGGUUCAAGACCUGAUUGACGAGGAGGAGGAAGAGGAAGAGGAAGACUAUGGUCCACCUGAGCUAUUAUGUAGACAGAGUCUUAGCCUAGUCUAUAGCACCAUUGAGGAAAACUACCCAGAGGGUACCCUUCAGCUUCUGUCAGAUUUUCUGCAACCCCGGUACUAUCCACCCCCUGACAUCAUGGCACACCUACUCAGGGGUAUCCUGAUGGACCCUCACUGUCCUGAUGUUCUUGCGCUGGAGGCCUACAGUUUACUGAUGAGGAUUCAGAUAUUUCAUCCAUCAGAUAUAUCGUCUCUUUCAUGGGACUGGGGACUGCUGACGGCUGUGAUGGAGCAGCAGGAUAGCUCCAAGAGGCUUCGGCUGGAUGUCAGAUGUAUGCUACUACAGUAUGUGCUACAAAUUCUUGAAGAUGACUUUCAGCAGAAAUUAUGCAUGCAAAAGCUGCACCUGUCCAUCACAAAAGCCAUGCUGUCUUGUGAGCAGAGGUUCACUCAUGUCAGAGACCUCAUUUGUUGGCUUUUUGAAGCAGUAUCCUUGGCUGUCAGUAGCAAAGAGAAUAAAAACCCCAAGAGGGAGAGGAAUGAAAAUCUUAAGAUGGUGAUGGUUUUUCAGAAGAUGCUGGUCUUAGCCUUGGAGGUGGAUCGUACUCCCACCUGCAGCUCUAAUAAGAUUUCCCAGGAGCUUUUCCACACCAUUAUUAGCUCUCAAAAGCGUGAGCACAGGUUGCUUCUUUUUGAUACUCUAGAAAGCAAUCUGCUUAAGUGCAAGCUUCUAGAGCUUCUUUUGGACUAUGAAUGUCCUCAAAAGAUACCUGUGCCAAUGUCCCUCAGCCUGCUGCUCCACUUCCUUCAAUAUUCCACUCUGCCAUCUGAUCCAAUGGUGAGAAGUUGUUGAGGACAAACGAUGGUAGUGAAGGCUGGAGGAGAUGGGAAGAGCUAAUGCAGCUGAUCUGGAUGCUUCUUCUGAGCUAUGAGGAAGUCAUGAAAGGUCACCUUCGCUGUUCAGUU